GGGACCCGCCGGAGGAAGCAGCAGCAGCAGCGCGUGUUGGACGGAGACCCACAAAAACACCGGCGGCACGAGAGACACCGAGGCGGGCAGCGGGGCGGAGAGGAGGAGGAGGAAGAGGAGGAGGAGGAGGAGGAAGAGGAGGAGGAGGCACCUGCACUGCCACUCGUUCUCCCCCGCCGCCUGCGUCGGCUCUCCCUCCCUCUCUCUCUUCGCUCUCCUCACCCCUCGUUCCUCUCACACCGCCGCCGCUUCCUCGUUAAGAUGGCUGACCCCAGCAGCGACGGAGAGGUACCGGAGAGCGCGCGCGGCUUCGCUCGUCAGGGAGCCCUCCGCCAGAAGAACGUGCACGAGGUGAAGAACCACAAGUUCAUCGCGCGCUUCUUCAAGCAGCCCACCUUCUGCAGCCACUGCACGGACUUCAUCUGGGGCUUCGGGAAGCAGGGAUUCCAGUGCCAAGUGUGCUGUUUUGUGGUCCACAAGCGCUGUCAUGAAUUCGUUACCUUUUCCUGUCCGGGGGCCGACAAGGGGCCUGCCUCCGACGAUCCUCGUAGUAAACACAAGUUUAAGGUCCACACCUACUCCAGCCCGACCUUCUGCGACCACUGCGGCUCCCUCCUCUACGGGCUGAUACACCAGGGCAUGAAAUGCGACCACUGUAUGAUGAACAUCCACAAGCGAUGCGUGGCCAACGUGCCGAGCCUGUGUGGGACCGAUCACACGGAAAGGAGAGGACGCAUCCACAUCUCGGCCCAGAUCACCGACGACACCCUCACCGUCACCAUCAAAGAGGCCAAGAACCUGGUGCCCAUGGACCCCAAUGGCCUCUCAGACCCCUACGUCAAGCUCAAGCUGAUCCCAGACCCCAAGAGUGAGAGCAAGCAGAAGACCAAAACCAUCAAAUGUUGCCUCAACCCCACCUGGAACGAGAGCUUCACUUUCAACCUCAAAGAAAGCGACAAAGAUCGCCGGCUGUCGCUUGAGGUCUGGGACUGGGAUCUGACCAGCAGGAAUGACUUCAUGGGUUCACUGUCCUUUGGGAUCUCAGAGCUACAGAAGCAAGGGAUAGAUGGAUGGUAUAAGCUGCUGUCCCAGGAGGAAGGAGAAUAUUUUAAUGUUCCCGUCCAGCCAGAUGGAGAGGACGGUAAUGAGGAGCUACGACAAAAGUUUGAGAGGGCGAGAGUGGGUCCGGGGAAGCCUACCGACUCCUCCUCCUCCUCCUCCUCCGUGUGCAAGUACGACAGCAACGGCAAUCAGGAUCGCGUCAAGCUCUCGGACUUCAACUUUGUCAUGGUUCUGGGCAAAGGCAGCUUCGGCAAAGUGAUGCUGGCGGAGAGGAAAGGUACUGACGAGUUGUAUGCCAUCAAAAUCCUGAAAAAAGACGUGGUGAUCCAAGAUGACGACGUGGAGUGCACCAUGGUGGAGAAGAGAGUCCUCGCUCUGUCUGGAAAACCGCCAUUCCUCACUCAGCUGCACUCAUGUUUCCAAACCAUGGACCGAUUGUAUUUCGUCAUGGAGUAUAUUAACGGAGGAGACCUCAUGUACCAAAUCCAACAGGUCGGAAAAUUCAAGGAGCCUCAUGCUGUGUUCUAUGCAGCAGAGAUCGCCAUCGGCCUCUUCUUUCUUCACUCGAAAGGCAUCGUGUAUCGAGAUCUGAAGCUGGACAACGUGAUGCUGGACUCUGAAGGCCACAUAAAGAUCGCAGACUUCGGCAUGUGCAAGGAGAACAUGUACGAUGGAAUUACCACAAAGACUUUUUGCGGAACGCCGGACUACAUCGCUCCAGAGAUCAUAGCGUAUCAGCCUUAUGGGAAGUCGGUGGACUGGUGGGCGUUCGGAGUGCUGCUUUAUGAAAUGCUUGCUGGACAGCCGCCGUUUGAUGGCGAGGAUGAAGACGAGCUGUUCCAGUCGAUCAUGGAGCAUCAUGUGUCUUAUCCUAAAUCCAUGUCCAAAGAAGCCGUCGCUAUCUGCAAGGGGCUGAUGACCAAACAUCCAGGUAAACGUCUUGGAUGUGGUCCAGAGGGCGAGAGAGACAUCAAGGAGCACGCCUUCUUCCGCUAUAUAGACUGGGAAAAAUUGGAGAAUAAAGAGGUCCAGCCACCUUUCAAACCGAAAGCUUGUGGGCGUGAGGCGGAGAACUUUGAUCGCUUUUUCACUCGCCACCCCCCAGAGCUGACCCCCCCAGAUCAGGAGCUUAUAGCCAACCUGGACCAGGAAGAGUUCCAAGGCUUCUCAUUUGUUAACCCUGAGUACCCUCACACAACUCACUGACUAUGUCACAAAUCACUGUGCCGAAUUAGUAAUCCUGUAAACCUCACAAGCAUCCUGUACAGAAACAACAAAAACGACAACAAUCACCACAAUGUCAUAUCCAGGCUGCAUUCGGCAGGGUGAAACACUGAAGAAAUAACACGAUAUUUUACCACUUUAUUUGCUUUCAUUCCCAAAGUGCAAUGAGUAAAAUUAUGUCAGUCCAGUGUGGGCAUAUUAGGUAUGGAGGCUGAGUCGGGAAAUUAUUAGCUUAGCUUAGCAUAAAGCUUGGAUGCGUUUGGAAACCGCUAACGUGGCCUUCUCAAGGCUCAAACAUAAAACAACCAGAACUAAAGCUAGAAAUUAAUCUUGUUUGCUUUCCAGAAAUGUAAAAACCCAUGCUACGUUAGCCCUAAAGAGCUAAUUCAUUAACAUUAGCUGCACAUGCUAAUGAUUGAGUACUAAGAAGCAAAUUUCAGGUUAUCAGCAGAAAACAACACAAGAAUUAAACCAGAGCAAAAAAUACUUAUCAACAAAUCAACAUGCUAUCCCAUCACUGAGACUGAAAUAUUAAAGUUAAAAGCUUCUCCAGCAGUGUCAUUUGUAUAUUUGCUAAUUAGCAAAAGUUAGCAUGCUAACACACUAAUCUAUGAUAGUAAGCACUACAGACAUUUUAGCGGCUGAACAUCAGGUUGUUAGUGUUUUAAGUGUUUUACCAAUUUAGUUUCUGGGCCUCAUAGAGCUGCUAGCAUAGCUGUAGAUUAUUAGUCAGAUUCUUUGUCCAGACUGUGUGCACAUUAAACAAAUUAGAUAAAAUGUCUGGAACAAGCCUCACUCUUUCCCUCCACCUUCCAGUCCUUAUGCUAAAAUGAAGCUAAUUAUCUCCAGGCUGCAGCUCUUUCCCAAUCAAAUGGCCGAUACUAAUCAUCUCAUCUGACACUUGGAAAGAAACCAGAUAAGCCUUUCACCCAAAAUACCAACUUAUUUCUUUAAUAAUGUUUAGAUGGAAACGCAGGUGCCUCAAAUGAUAAUAAUCAUGAGAUAUAAAUGUGUCAAGGUGACAGUAGGAGGCCAGUCCUGACUUUACAGCAGAUUAACUCAUCAUGUUAGAGUCGCUGCUCUGGAUUUGUAUCGUUAGUGCAGAAAUGUGGCUCUCUCCUGUAUGCUGCCCGGCAGGUUAAUGUCCGACCUGCUCCGUCUCUGUGUCGCCCUCCCUGUUAUUGGUUAUUGACUAUGACACCCUAUCAGUGGUAUUGACAAGUGUACUAUGAUCACAUGUUGGUAAUUCAUACAGUGUAAAGUGAAAACUGACCAAUUGCUUUGCUAUGAUUGUUUGAGUACUAAUCAGUUUCCUAAUGUUGACUUUACAUUUGUCUAUAGGACCAAAUACUUACAAACUUUCUGUUCAGUCAGUGUUGUAGUGAGCUUAACUGCAUUUUUUUCUUUUUGCUGAUUAAAUUUUUGACCAGAGAACUAGAGAUCUACAUACAGUCAGCAAGACUUUAAGUCUUCAUCAAGUUGAGAGCUCUUUUCUGACAACAUUCACCACAUUACACUGUGUUUUUAACAACAGAGGACAUAUCUCUUCGCUUGUACACAAGUAUUUUUUGGAGAAUAUCGUGUAUGACUAAUUUGUUUAGAGUCUUGUGAAGCUGGUAGUUUGUGAGUUACAGACACAGGAUGUCCUAAAGUGCCAAUAAGGUUCAUAAUCACAAGGAUGUAAAAAAAAAAUAAAAAUUUGUCCUCAACAACUGUGAUGAAGGGCAGCCAUCUUGUGCCAUUUUGCAGUACAUGUAUAAUUAUUCUAAUGUGCAUUAUUAGCUUAACUGUUCACCUACAAUAGAAAACUCUUGGAAAGUCAUUUUCAUAUCUGAAUUGUCUAAGUUGUAUUAUACUUUUGUAACUGUGUACAAUGCAGGGUUCUAAUGUGUCAAAUCUUGUUCUUUGAGCUCGUAUCAAAAUAACGAGGAGGCGGCAGCAGAGUGACAUCAGAGAUUUGUUUUACGAAAAUGCUCACUGAAAAAGACGGGGAGCUUUUUGUGAUGAUGGUGACGAAUCAAGGCUGAGAUAACGAGAUAAAAUACAUAUAUUGACUUCUGUAUCAGAGAGAUGUUUGGAGAAAUUGUUUCUGGGUGAGAGAGAUGCUUCUGUGGAUUGUGUAAAUGUCCUGUAUGACUGGAAACUGAUAAUAUACUCACUGGUGCCUACCAGACUAA